AUGUAUGUCACACCGUGCAUCAAGUCGAGGGUCUGGCUGAUGAUGAAGCUGGAGCGGCUUUUCUGCUUUCAUGCCUUCAAAGGGGAAGAAGAUGCACCAGCUGUUCACUAUCUGGAGUUGGUCACGGGAGCUGUGAUUUACGCGGGUAGAAAUCCACAAGCGCUUACCCUCUUGUAUGGUUGGGAUCUCGAGUUUUGGAAAGACGAGCUCGGCUACUUGCAAAAUAACGAUCCAAAAUCGGUGGUUGAGAACAUCGGGCGAAGGAUUUAUGAAGGAUUGAGCCGAGCAGAGAAAGAUUUGUUCCUCGACUUGGCAUGCUUCUAUACUUAUUGGGAAAAAUAA